AGCUUGAAAAUAGUACGCCACAAUAUUAGUUCAAUUUUUUGCCACCCGCAAAUAAAAGGUUGUCAAUUUAGCCCUUGCGCCUUGCACCCUCUCCCUCAUUCACUCGCGUUUCCGCUUUCCCGAACGAUAUUGAACGAACUAAAAUUAAACGUCAUUUUCGGCAACCGCUCACUCACUUGCUGCAUGUUUUGACCAAAAUCCGACAAAUAUGUCGAAAAUGACUAACGUAAACUCUAGUUUGGCUUACGAAAUAUUGUUGUACUUGAAUAAUUUUUAUUUGGGCAUGUUUUUCGUGUGCGAAGUGGCCAUUGGGAUCUUGAAAGCGAUAAAUGUGUCGUAUCCAGAGAACGCCUUGCUCACUGAGACUGGUAUUUUCGGCGCCUUGUGUGUUAUUGAGGCAUUCCGCAUAUUUUUGGGGCAGAGAGGAAACUUGUCUAGUAAAAAAGUCCCAGUAUUUUUUUCAGUGCUCCUCACAAUACCUUCAGCUGUAGGAGUUUGUUACUUCCUCAUCUACCAAACCUACAUAAUCCGGCUGGAAUACAUCUGGUGUGCAGUGAUGCUCAUGUUUCACGCCUUAGAGAUGGCCUUCGCCAUUCUCUUCAUGUUUACAGUGUGCAAAAACCAGCAAUAUGAAUAGAAUAAGUUCCAAAGUACCUCAGUGCCAAAGAGAUACUAAAAUUGCCAAAAGCUUAUGGACUGAAAAAGUAACAUUCCAAUUUUAAAAACAGUGGUUUUCUGUUCAAAACAGUCUCUUAUUAUAUACACAUUAUCUAUGAGACAAUUAAAAGAAACUUGUUAAAACAUAAUUAUUUAGUAGUAGUUAGGUAACUAACUAUAUGCUUUAUUAUAUAGCCUAAGUAUUAUGUAAUUUAU